AUGCCACUGUGCGUCCCCCUCUUGCUGGCCGCUCUGCCCGCCAUGGCUGCCGGCGAAGACGUCGCCCCUGCCCUGCAGGACGCGUGGGGCGACUUCUGGCUCUUCCGUUUCUUCGUUAACGCUGCUGGCUACGCGAGUAUUGUGGUGCCGGGGUUCCUGCUCAUCCACUACUUCAAGAGAAAGAAUUACCUGGAGACAGGCCGGGGAAUUUGUUUCCCUGUCAUUAAAUCAUGUGUGUUCGGCUCUGAGGUGAAGUCUGCGCACCAAGAGGAUGGCUCUCUCCCGGCCCGAGCAGAGCCUGCAGAGUCCUCUACAGCCCGACAGGUCUUCAAGCUGCUCUUCUGUGCUGCUGGUCUGCAGGCCUCCUACCUGACGUGGGGUGUCCUCCAGGAACGUGUGAUGACAAGGACAUAUGGUGCUACUGACACAGACCCCGGCGAGAAAUUUAAGGACUCCCAGUUCCUGGUGUUCAUGAACCGCAUCCUGGCCUUCACAGUGGCUGGUCUGUACUGUGCCCUAACCAAGCAGCCACGCCAUGGCGCUCCUAUGUACAAAUACUCCUUUGCCUCCCUCUCCAACAUCCUCAGUAGCUGGUGCCAGUAUGAGGCACUCAAAUACAUCAGCUUCCCCACACAGGUGCUGGCCAAGGCCUCCAAAGUGAUCCCUGUGAUGAUGAUGGGCAAACUGGUGUCACGCAAGAGUUAUGAGUAUUGGGAGUACCUGACUGCUGCCCUCAUAUCUGUGGGGGUCAGCAUGUUCCUGCUCUCCAGUGCUCCCAACAGGCACGUGUCUACUGUCACUACUUUCUCAGGCGUAGUCCUCCUGGCCGGCUACAUCGUCUUUGACAGCUUCACCUCCAACUGGCAGGAUGCCCUUUUCACCUACAAGAUGUCUCCCGUGCAGAUGAUGUUUGGCGUCAACGUCUUCUCCUGCCUCUUCACGGUGGGCUCGCUCUUGGAGCAGGGCGCCUUGCUGGAGUCGGUGCGUUUCAUGGCGCGCCACUCGGAGUUCACAGCCCACGCUGUGCUGCUCUCCGUGUGCUCUGCCUGCGGCCAGCUCUUCAUCUUCUACACCAUCAACCAGUUCGGGGCUGCUGUCUUCACCAUCAUUAUGACGCUCCGCCAGGCCUUCGCCAUCCUCCUCUCUUGCCUCAUCUAUGGGCACACUGUCACCGUUGUGGGUGGGCUGGGUGUAGCCGUCGUCUUCGUGGCCCUCUUCCUCCGUGUCUAUGCCCGCAGCCGCAUGAAGAAGCGAAGUAAGAAGCUACCACCAGGCGAGAGCCCUGUACAGAAGGUCUAAGGAGCUGGGGCCGUGGCACCUGAGCUGUGCCUGCUGUCCUGCCCCUGUGUGGGGACACCUGCUUGAUUUCUCCUGUCUUUGUGAACCCACUGAGAAGCAGGGUGGGGGAUGGGUAGGCUGGACCAGUGACUUGCCUUCCCACCUGCUUUUCUUGGGGAAGAGGCCAGAACGAGUCCAGAGAAGCCAGGCAUGCUCCGAGCUGCUACAACUCCAAGCCUUUCCAUUUGCCUUAAUAGGUCAAGACUUCCAGCCAAGGCAUGGGCCUGGAAGCUCGGAUCCUGGGAGCAAACCAGCAUGGGGCUGCUGGGACUCCUGCCCUUACCCGGCCUCUGACUCACAGUGUAACUCUAAGGUCACUGGUGAACCAGGGAUGCUUUAUUUCCUGGCACCAUCUUGCC